AUGCCCGGUGACGAAGAAGCUGCCGCAGCUUCAGCAUCAGCAGGAACAGCAACAGCAGGACAGACAGCCACACCGCCGCCAGACGCCAAGAUCAGCGCCGCCGAUGGCCGUUCCUACUGGCAGGGCAUCGACGCCGACGUGAACGGUAUGCUGGGCGGUUUCCCGUACAUCAGCAAGGUCGACCUGCAGGGCUCGCGCAACUUUCUCGCCAAACUGGGCAUUGGCUCGAAGAGCGGUCUGCGGACGGUGAGCCGCGCUCUGGAAGGCGGGGCCGGCAUCGGCCGUAUUACAGAGGGGUUCCUCCUCGAUGUAGCUGAACAAGUUGACAUCGUCGAACCCAUAGCGAAGUUCACCGCCGCUCUCCAGGAGAAGGCUGGUGUCGGCUCUGUCUUCAACAUUGGCCUUGAAGAGUGGAAGCCACUUGAUGGCACCGCCUACGACCUCGUAUGGAACCAGUGGUGUCUCGGCCACCUCACUGAUGACCAACUUGUAGCCUACAUGCGUCGUUGUAAGGCUGUUGUCGCCCCCAAUGACGGCCUCAUCGUCGUCAAGGAAAACUUGAGCACUAGCGGUGUCGAUCUAUUUGAUGAUAUUGACAGCAGUGUGACGAGGGUGGAUGACAAGUUCCGCGCCCUCUUUGAGCAAGCGGGUCUGCGCCUCGUCAAGACGGAGCUACAGCACGGCUUUCCCAAGGAUCUGUUCCCGGUACGCAUGUAUGCACUCAAGUAG